UUUUUUUAUUUUUUAGAAUAAUUCCAGCCAUAAAAAUGAGUGGUUUCUCAGAAUUUACAAUGCGUGAAAGACUUACGAAGUUAACAAACACAACACAUUCAAUACAAACAUUAUCAAUGUGGAUAUUACAUCAUCAAAAGAAGAAUGCUGAUGCUAUUUUGGAUACUUGGUUAAAGGAAGUUCGAAGUAUUACAGACAGUGAACGUCUUUUAAGUUUAAUGAAUUUGGCUAAUGAUGUUAUUCAAAAUGCUAGAAAAAAAGCCCCAGCUUUUAUGAACGCUUUUUACGAAGUUCUUCAACCUGCUGUUAGUCACAUUUCAAAAAAUGCCGAUCAAUACCACAGACAAUUGCUAGAAAGAAUUUUGUCUGUUUGGAGAGAAAGGGGAAUUUAUUCAACAGAAAAUUUGGAUUUACUCGUUAAUUGCCUUCAAGAAACGUCCAUUUCAACUCCAAAUCUUAUUUCUGAUCCAGAAAGUCCAAUUCGGACGGAUUCUCCUUUGUUACCUUCAGGCUCUCCAGGAAGUUCUUUGGACAAUUCUAAGAAAAUCAAAGAAGAGUUUCAUGCAUUUUCUAGCCUCAGUACAAAUAUGAUUAACCUCCUUAGACGUUUAGAAGACCCCGCAUCGGCAGACGUAAAAAUUAGACAAAUAAUUGCUGCAUAUCCUGAAGCUAUAGCUAACCCUCUCCUUCUUAAAGAAAUCAAAACUUCAGAGGGAGUAGCUGCUUUGAUGGCUAAAACUGUGGAGGCUGUGCCGGUUGUCGAUGCAUAUUGCACUAGAUUACAAGACGAACUUAAAGAACGUCAAAAUCUUCAAUAUCUUAUGGCAGAUUAUAUAAAGGCUUUAGACCAAGCAAAUGAACGAAAUAAAGCACUACUUGAUUCUGUUAAAAAGGGAAUUUCAAGGUUGGAUGCUGAGAAAAAAGAAUUGGCAAAGCACAUUGAUUCUUUGCCAGGUUAG